UCCUGUAAGUUAGCGAUAAAAGAAUUGUUUUCAAACGGAAUGAUUGCCACUUUCAUAAUAUUAGUACUACUGAAUGCAGUUACCUUGGUAACUGCCCAGCCUCCUUCCUGUCCCCAUGGUUGGAUACUCCGUGGAUCUUCGUGUUAUUUAUUUGUUAAUGAUGACUCUGAAGAUUGGAUGGUCGCUAUGUCAUUUUGCAAUACUCUUCAGGCAAAGUUAGUGGAAAUUGAAUCUGUAGCAGAGGACGAAUUUAUACGCAUGCAUUUAAUAGACAACAAAUUAACAGGCAGCUAUUGGAUUGGUUUAUCUGACAUCCAAGCUGAGGGAGAAUGGGUAUGGACGACUUCUCAGAAAACCCCCACCUACAGCAACUGGUACCCUGGCCAGCCCGACAAUGCCGUCCAUCGCGAGGAUUGUGCAAAUAUUUAUGCACACUUUGGACUACACUGGAACGACUCUGUCUGCAAUUCACCCCAGCACUUUAUUUGUGAGAAAGAUUCGAGUGGAUCAAUUGAGGUCAUAGGUUGAUUUUGAAGUGUAUGCUACAUAUAAUUGAAAGUAAAUUAAAA